AUGGGGGGCCCCCCUUUGGGGCUCCCCCGACUCCACACUGCCCUCAGCAUCCUAGAGAAGUACGGCAGGAACCUGCUCCAAACGGCCCCCCGGCACUGGAGGUGUGUGAGCUACAGCAACCCCGUCUUCAGCUCCACACUGGGCCCCAUACAGUGCUGUGUGAGCUACAGCAACCCUGUCUUCAGCUCCACACUGGGCCCCAUACAGGGGGCCCGGGAGGUGCUGAUGCUUUUGGGGUACACGGCCGAGGUGGGGCCGGGGCUGAGCUUCCCGCCGGGGGUCCCAGCCCCACACGGGCCCCACGUCGCCGCCGUCACCGCGGACGUCUUGGUGCUGAGGAGGGAGCUGGAGCUGGUGCUGGCGAACCAGCACCCGAACCCCCACUUCCUCACUGACAUCCUAAAGGGGGCGAAGAGUGUUCUCUGUGGGGUGUGCGAGCGCCCCCGCCUGGCCCGGAGGCCUCCGCCGCAGGGCUGGUCCUGCCCCCAUUGCACCUACUUCAACCCAGGCCCCGGCCCCACAUGUGCCCUCUGCCGGCAGCACAUGGGCACCCCCUUGGCCCCGCCCCCUGAGCCCCACGUGAUGCCUCCCAAAGCCCCGCCCCCUUCCCCUCCGCCCCCCAAGGCCCCUCCCACCCUCGACGCUGACCAAUGGCGGCAGAGGCGCCUGGACCAAGAUGGCCGCCGCAUGGUCGCCAUCCUGCGGGCCGCCGAGCUCGGGGGCUCCCCUUUCCCUUUCCCCCCCCCGGCCUCCCCCCGGGUUCUGUGGGUCCUGGCGGCCGCCGUGGGGCUCCGUGGGGCGCAGGAGCCCGGGGGUCCCUUGGGGGCCCUGUCCCUGCGGGAGGCGGCGUGGGGCUGGGCCCGCGCUAUGGGGCAGGCGGAGGGGGCCCUGCGGGCAUGCCUGGGGCGCCGCCGGAAGCAGCUCCGGGCCUUGUCCUCCCUGGGCUAUGGGGCGCGGGCGGCGUCGGCGCGGGCCCUAUGGGAGGCCGGGGGCGAUGUGGGGCAGGCCCUGGCCCUAUUGCAGGCCCCACGGCUCCGAUCCUUCCUGCUCCGCCUCUGGGAUGCGCGGAGCCCCCCCAUGGACUUCGAACAGCCCGAGCAGCACGCCCUUGUUCGCCGCGCCUUGGCCGAGCUGGGCCUGGCGAGCUGGGGCCGAGCCCAACUCUUUGUAGCCGUGGGGCGAGAACUGGGGCUGGGCCGUGCCCCACGCGCCCCACGGGAGCUCCUGGAGGCCGUGGGGAGCUGCCGGGACCGGGAGGAGCUGAGGCGGAGGCUGAGAUGCGAGUGCGCCGUGUGCGGGACCGCGCUGCCCAGGGAGCAGGCCCAGGUGCUGACUGGCUGCCAGUGCUGGCUGUGCCCGGAGUGCUUCCGGCUCCACUUCACGGUGGGCGUGCGGGAGCGACGCGUGCGGGACCUCGUGUGUCCGGCCUGCGCCAGGCCCGACCUGGGUGACGAGGCCUCCGCCGCGCACUACUUCUCCACCUUGGACGCACAGGCCUCCGCCGCGCACUACUUCUCCACCUUGGACGCCCAGCUCCGCCAGUGCCUGGACCCGGCCACCUAUGAGCUCUUCAGCCAGAAGCUGACGGAGCUGGAGCUCGAGCGAGACCCCCAGUUCCUCUGGUGCCCCCAGUGCUCCUUUGGCUUCAUCUUCGAGGCGGAGCAAGGCCCUGCCCAGUGCCCCCAAUGCAAACACAGCUGCUGCCCCCGCUGCCAGCGCCCGUGGCUCCCUGCCCACGCCUCCCUGUCCUGCGCUGCCUUUGAGGCCUGGCUCGGCUCCAGCGCCCCCCAAGCGGCGGCCGCCGUGGGGCUGGAGGACUUCCUGCAGGAGCACAGCAUCGGCUGCCCGAGCUGUGGGGCUCGCUUUGCCCUGGCCCGGGGGGGCUGCCUCCACCUCCAGUGCUCCCAGUGCCAGCACCAGUUCUGCAGCGGCUGCAGCCGCCCCUUCCACCCCCGCAACACCUGCCCCAUUGAAAGCUGCCCCCUACGUGGCUCCCUCCAUGGGCAUCACCCCCGGGACUGCAUCUUCCACCUGCGGGACUGGAGCCCCCCCCGCCUGCAGCGGCUCCUCCAGGACGCCUCCAUCCCCUUCGAGACCCAGCCCCCCGCCGCCUUCCCCCCUCCCCCCGGCGGCGGCUGCCUCCUGCUGGAGCAGAAAGAAACCCCCUUAGGCCUCAAGGACCAACCCUGCGGUCGCCACGCCCCCAAAGACCACGCGGGGCUCUGCCGGGGGCACUACACCGAGUACCUCGUCGGCCUCGUCAACCUCCACGGCCUCGACCCGCUCCCCCUUUACGACCCGGAUGAGCUCCGCGCCGCCGCCGAGCGCCACCUAGCGGCGGGGAGGACCCGGCGCCUGGAUGGGGAAGGGGGCGUGGCCUACGAACGGCGCCUGCGCAGCCUCCUCCAACGGGAAGCGCCGCUUUGUGGUGGUGGUGGUGGUGGUGGUGGUGGUGGAGGCGCCGCCCCCCGAAACACGUGA